GGCUCGGGCCACCAUGCACGACAAGGCGUUCACCAAGGAGCUGUACCAGUGGGUCGAGCAGCUGAACGAGUGUAAACAGCUGAACGAGAAUCAGUUGCGGACGCUGUGCGAAAAGGCUAAGGAAAUUUUAACAAAAGAAUCAAAUGUGCAAGAGGUCCGUUGUCCUGUUACUGUCUGUGGAGAUGUGCAUGGUCAAUUCCAUGAUCUUAUGGAACUCUUUAGAAUCGGUGGGAAGUCACCAGAUACAAACUAUCUAUUCAUGGGUGACUAUGUAGACAGAGGUCAUUAUUCUGUGGAGACUGUGACUCUUCUUGUGGCAUUAAAGGUGCGUUAUCCAGAACGUAUUACAAUAUUGAGAGGAAACCACGAAAGCCGACAAAUUACCCAAGUAUAUGGCUUUUAUGAUGAAUGUCUUCGAAAGUAUGGGAAUGCCAAUGUUUGGAAAUACUUUACAGAUCUGUUUGACUAUCUGACACUUACAGCUUUAGUAGAUGGACAAAUAUUCUGCCUCCAUGGUGGCCUCUCCCCAUCCAUAGAUACACAUAUAAGAGCCCUGGAUCGUUUACAAGAAGUUCCACAUGAGGGCCCAAUGUGUGAUCUGUUAUGGUCAGAUCCAGAUGAUCGUGGUGGGUGGGGUAUUUCACCACGCGGCUCUGGCUACACAUUUGGACAAGAUAUUUCUGAAACAUUUAACCAUGCCAAUGGUCUCACACUGGUUUCUCGUGCUCACCAACUUGUAAUGGAGGGAUACAAUUGGUGUCAUGAUCGGAAUGUGGUUACCAUUUUCAGUGCACCGAAUUACUGUUACCGUUGUGGGAACCAGGCUGCUAUCAUGGAAUUAGAUGACACUUUGAAGUAUUCCUUCCUUCAGUUUGACCCAGCACCUCGUCGUGGAGAGCCUCAUGUGACCCGGCGCACCCCAGAUUACUUUCUGUAAAUUCCUCCUGGGAAAACCUGCCUUUGUAUGUGGAAGUAUACCUGGCUUUUUAAAAUAUAUAU